UGUUUCUCAUAGAACCAAAGAAAGAAUGGAAAUGUUCGGCGAUUCCCUUUCAAGUUUCUCUCCCGUAGACUUCACCACCACAGACCCAAAUUAUCUCUUUUCUGAUUUCGAAUGGCUCGCCCAAAUGGUCAACGAGGCCACCGAUCCCAUUCAACAAUCAUCGUCGUCGUCGUCGUCCACCACCCCCAACACCAACCCCCAACCCCAAGAGGCAGGGGUCCGAAAGUGCACCCACUGCGCCUCCGAGAAGACGCCUCAGUGGAGAACUGGACCGCUGGGGCCCAAAACCCUCUGCAACGCUUGCGGGGUUCGCUUCAAGUCGGGUCGCCUCGUACCCGAAUAUCGACCCGCCGCCAGCCCGACUUUCGUCCUCUCUCAGCACUCUAACUCUCACCGCAAGGUCAUGGAGCUCCGUCGCCAGAAGCACCUCCUCCGCCAACAACUUUCCUGACUUGUCCCUUCUUUUUCUUUUCAUUACUCUGUCCAUUACUGUCCCAUGCAUUGCUCAAUAACAU